CAGAAGUGAUUUUGGGGAUAUACGGACAGCAGCACGCAGGAGAGCGGCGGGUCGCGCUGGGGGAAAAUGACACAUACACCUGGAUAAAUGGCGAAGUUUAAGAUGAAAGUCCACCAGCACUGGUUGUUUUUAGUUUUGUUUCUUCCUUUAUCAGGUAUUUUUUGUUUCAGCGAGUUAUCCUUCAUCACAGAGCCCAGUGAUGUAACCUUAUUACCAAAGGACUCUGCAGUCUUUGACUGUCAGGCUCAUGGGCUGCCUCCAGUCACUAUCAAGUGGCUGAGAAAUGGAGUUCGACUGACAGAAAGUGAGCACAUACAGUUUCUGCCCAACGGCUCCUUGUACAUACCAAAGAUAAAACAUACCAAGGAGGAUUCAGAUGAAGGAUUCUACCAGUGCCUAUCCCAAAACAAAUAUGGAGCUAUCCUAAGCCAAAGAUCACGUCUGACUAUCACAAGUAUCUCAGAGUUUGUAUUGCAUCCUGUGCCUAUGGUCGUGACUGAGGGUUCAGUGGUACGACUCACCUGUGCCGUCACCUCCAGCCCUCCAGCCACCAUCACCUGGGAGCUCAACCAAAGCACAUUACCUCUAAAAACCGAAAGAAUCACAGUUUUGCCUAACGGAGUUCUUCAGAUCCACAAUGUACGAUUGGAAGACGCCGGACAGUAUCAAUGUGUGGCAACUAACAUUGGUAGCCGUUUGAAGAGUAGAGAGGCCACACUGACAGUCAACCAAGGUGCUGGCCCUAAACCACGUCAGAGGCCCAGAAUCAUUGCAGGACCUCAGAAUGUCUCAGUGUCUCUUCACCAGACGGUUGUCCUGGAGUGUGUGGCCACAGGCAACCCCUGUCCCAUCAUCUCCUGGAGCCGCGCUGACAGGAAACCCAUCGACGUGUACAACGCCAAAGUGCUGGGCAACGGGAACCUUGUUAUUUCUGAUGUCAACUCCAAGCACAGUGGAGUGUACCUCUGCAGGGCCACCACCCCUGGAACCCGCAACUACACUCUUGCUGCAGCCAACAUCACAGUACAAGUGCCUCCAUCCUUAGUUGAGAGGCCGGAGAGCCAGACCCGUCCGAGAGCAGGUACUGCCCGGUUUAUGUGCCAAGCAGAGGGAGUGCCUUCGCCACGCAUCAGCUGGCUAAAGAAUGGAGAAGAGGUUCACUUAAAUGGGAGGAUCAAGAUGUACAACAGUAAAUUGGUGAUUACUCAGAUCAUCCCAGAGGAUGAUGCCAUCUAUCAGUGCAUGGCAGAGAAUGAUCAGGGCUCUGUGCUGUCCUUGGCUCGCCUUAUUGUUGUAAUGUCCGAGGACAGGCCCAGUGCACCGAGAAACAUCCACGCUGAGACCAUCUCCAGCUCUGCUAUCUUACUGGCCUGGCAGAGACCUCUCUAUAAUGCACACAAAGUCAUUGCCUACUCCAUCCAUUAUAUGAAGGCUGAAGGUCUAAACAACGAAGAAUACCAAAUUGUUAUUGGCAACGACACAACCAGUUAUAUCAUCGAUGACCUUGAGCCAGCUCGAAACUACACUUUUUACAUCGUGGCUUAUAUGCCAAUGGGAGCCAGUCGUAUGUCAGACCAAGUCAGUCAACAUACCCUGGAGGAUGUGCCUUUACGUACCCCAGAGCUGAGUCUGACCAGCCACAGUGCCACAGAUAUUCAGGUGACCUGGCAGCCGCUGCCCGCCAAGUUGAGCCGCGGUCGGUUGUCUGCAUACAGACUCUCUUAUCGCACGGCUGCGGACAGCACUGUCAUCUCUGUGGAGAUACCUCAGAACAGCACUGAAUAUCUGCUGCAAGACCUUCAGCCGGACACCAUCUACCUGCUCCGCAUGGCUGCAGCCACCCGUGUGGGCUGGUGUGAGCCUCCUACGUGGACCUCCCACCGUACACCUAAGAUCUCCAGCAGCAAAGUGCCUUCAGCCCCUACUCUUCAACUUGAGCCGCUUAACUGCACCUCCAUUAUGGCACGCUGGGAAACCUCCCCUCAGUCUGUGGCUGUCCAGGGUUACCGGCUGUGUUACCAUGAGGAAGGCCAACCAGAGCAGCCCAUCAUCCAGCUGCAGGCUCAAAACUACACCUACACCAUCAGUGGCCUUGAUCCAAGGAGAAAGUAUCAUGUCAAGAUUCUGGCUGUCGGUCAAGCUGGUGAUGGCUAUCAGACGGACCAAACAGUUAGCACCCCGGGAUGUGUGUCGGCCAGAGACCAACUGGCGACAGCCCCUCCACCUCCAGAUCAUGUGACUGUCUCAGCCACCAACUCGUCUUCAGUGUCUCUGCGCUGGGGCCGUCCUGCUUUCUCGUCUGGAAAGGCUGUCAGCUAUACCAUCCGUUGUACACCUGUGGGCACCCACAACGCCUCUGCUAUACGCUACCUGCAAACCACGAGACAAAACGUGACUGUUCAAAAUUUGGAAACAAACACUCGCUAUGAGUUUGUUGUGCGUCUUCAUGUGGACCAGAUGUCGAGUCCUUGGAGUUCUAUUGUUUACCGUCAGACUUUACAAGCAGCACCUGGCCAGCCGCCUAAAGGAGUGCGAGUCACUCUGAUCGAGGAUGACACCGCCCUGGUGUCCUGGAGGGAGCCCACCGAGCCCAAUGUGGUGGUGACACGCUACACCAUCCUGUACGCCUCCCAGAAGGCCUGGAUGGCUGGACACUGGCAGAUAUUGCAGAGGGAGGGGAGCCACACAAUGGCGCUGCUGGAGAAGCUGGAGGCGGGGAACGUCUACCUGGUGAAAAUAUCUGCCUCCAACCAGGUGGGUGACGGGCCUUUCUCUCAGAUCGUGGAGCUGGCUCUGAAGAAUGGAAACAAACACCGCAGAAAAAACCCCAGGCACUCUGAAAACGUCCCCGAUACAACAGUCUACUCUGAUGACCUCUACCACAUAGACCAGAGGUCCAUGACAGGCAUCAUUGUUGGAGUGAGCAUCGCCUUGUCCUGUAUUGUAAUAUGUGCCUUAAUCCUCAUCAGUAAGGGAAGACCAAGGAAAUCCUCCAGUCAAAAAGUCCUUGCUGUUGGAGAUCCUGAAGGUCCACAAGCUGGGUUUUCCCACCCCAAUGAACAGCAUACAGAGAAUGUUGAGGCCAUUAUACCCAUGAUCAGUCACAACUUUCUAGAUGCCAAGGUCGGGUCUAAUAUUGUCAAAAACAGUGGCGGUCCAAUCAGCAAGAAUAAAAGCAAGAGGUGGCUGCUCUUCAAGAGGGAAAUGAGGAACACAUCUGAAAGUGAUGCUGAGAGGAGAGCCAGCUUGUACGAGGCUGGAAAAACUGUUUUGAGGUAUGAGGAGCAUUUAGGUUCAGCGCCUCUGCCCCCUUCAUCCCGCGAGAUCAUCUUCGGACCUUACCACUCGGAGAGCUCUCACACCAGUGAGGGCAGCCAGGGGACGGGGGACUCGGGACACUACUCCAACGAAGAAAGCAACGAAGAGUUGAGCAACCCUUCCACCAGCCAAAGCUCCAGACCUGAAUCUUUUGGGGCCGAAGAUGUUGUAACUGUUGCUGAGCUGAAGCAGUAUUUUGUUGUGGAAAACGAGGAGAUGCUGAGCCAUCCCCUCCAUCACUCCGCCUCUGAUGCAACCCAGCUCUGCUGCACCUUGCAGGGCUCCCCUCCUGCCCUGCACUCGGCCCAGGACGUUGGCUCCUGACAUCAGGAGGCCUAAAGCUGCUCUCCAGCAGCCGGAGCUACGCCACUUCUACCUCGUUUGCUUCCUGAGUUGAGCCCCUUGGUUAUUUCCUGAGGCACAAGGGUUAAGGAAGCCAGCUGCUACGAUGGACGAAAGGUGUUCUCGCUUCGGAUCUACCUCAGGAUUUUGUAUGGAUGUUCAUUAUAACAUUUUAUUUCCAUCUUCUUAACUUUUUACCUGUUUGUCUGUGUUCGCCGUUAUCUGUCCUAAACCAAAGCUCACCUAUGAUGAAUGUUAAAAAGAAUGUCAAAAAUGUACUGUGAUACAUUUUCGUUAUAUUUAAUUACUUUUCACUGGAGCAGAGGGUGAAGUUGGACCCUUUUGACUGAUUAUCUACCUCCACGUUCUUGUGUAUACAUUACUACCUCUUUUUCACCACAUUAUGUGCAGUAUUAUUUCAGACUCAGGGGACACACAUUCAUUGCCAUGUCUUGCUACCUCUGUUCGGCGUUAUUUUUUGGAGGUGCUCAUUUCUUUAAUUCUCUGAACUUUUAUUUUCACAGUUGAAAGAUUUUUUGUUUCAUUUGCAUUGUCUUUGAAUGAUGUAUGUUGUGAAAAUAACAAGUGCUUUAGAAAUGGUCAAACUAUAUGAGCUUUAUCACAUGGUAUCGUUUGGCAUUUCCAGUGCACUGAACUCAAAGCUUUAACAUGGCCUUAAUAUCGAAAGGGCUUUUGCAUACUAUAGAAGACGAGAUCCAAAGACGGGAAAAAUUGUACCCAAAGAGUUUUUGAUAAAACAAAAGAUAUUUUAAGGCAACCAAAAAUAUAAAGAUUAUACAUUAAGGGUGCGUUUGCCAAAAAUAUUGUUCUUGCCAAUGAUGUAAAUUUCCCUUAGAAUGGUGGUUUGAAUGCUUUUCUUAGUGUACAUUUUCUUGAUGCUUCAUUCUGGUAAAAGCUUUAGCGCAAGUCUCCCUGGCUUGUGCUCCGUUUGCCUUCUAAACCAUUGCUAAACGCAGCGGUGAUGCCGAUGCUAUUAUCCAAAGAGUUGUCUCCUUCCUCAGAUGGGUAUGGCUUUUCAUUCACAUGAUCCUUGGUACUAUGAGGUGGACAUAUUUGACACAUGACCAAAGAUCUAGUUUGUCCUGCCAGUGAUAGAUGAUGAUAUUUAUUCUUUUUAAGAGAAUCAUCUGUUACCGAUCACCAAUAAUGCUAUAUGGGAAAUAAUUGUCUUUCUCUCUCCAUAAAAACUCCUGUCCAGGUGUGACAAUGAAGGAUACUGACUAUCAAAAUGGAAACCCAAUGUGUGAAGAGCAACAUAAUCAAUUUUUAUAUCUUUGUAAUACAAAUAAUCCUAACCAAAGAAAUUUGAGGUCUCUGUUAUUUAGUGAUUUUCUUUGGUUUCAUUUACAUUAUUUGCAUUUAAAUGUGAUAUAAUUUCCAAUGGUUUUGAUUUCUAGAAAGGCAUUUUAACAUAGUUUCUUUUUUUAAAGCUUGAGAUGUCAAACUGUUUUGCUGUCCUUUUAUCACCAUGAAAUCUUACCCAAAUGAUACUUAAGUAGGUUAAAAUGAAGAUUUGAAUUUAGAUUUUUCUUUUAGCAUGAUGUCGUAAACAAAAACAUUUCCCAAUUAAAAUGUGACAUUUGACUAAAUUAAUAAGUUCAAGUUAAAAGUUUGUCUGUGUAAUUCAUUAUUAUGAAAGGUUCAUUUGAAGCCACAGAUAAUUUAGCUGACUUAACUCAGGUGCCAAAUGUAGAUUUAGAGUGUAGACUUAAAUGUUAAUAUUUAAGUUAUGUUUUUGUUUUGUAUUUCUGCUUUUGAAUACCAAAAUGUAUCUUUUAAUCCAAAGUGAGCAACAAAACUAAUUAUUUUAAGUGUUUAGAUGUUGCAACAGACUUUUUGAUACUCUCAAGACGAUCCCAAAUACUAGAUAAUAAAAUUCUUAUUGAAAAAU